GGUGUUGCUUUAAUUAGAAAGGUCUUACCCGUUGGCUUACACACCUCAGCUGCCACCAGCUACUUAUUUGCAUAUGGGAACGCGAAUAUGUGCGUGUGUGUGUGUGAAGUACGAGUACAAGAAUGUGUGCGGAAAGACAGAACGUAUAUAUGUUCGUGUAUGUGUGUGUAGUACGUGUAUGACAGAGAUGGGAAGCGAGUUCAAAUCGCUCUUAAUUCAACUUUAGCUUUCUCUUCCACUGUCUCAUUUUAUUACUUUCUCUUUAUUCGCUACUCCUGUUAAUCAUUAUCCACUCGGGUGUGGGGGAACCACGGCGGAAGAAUGUUUUACGGCCAGUUUGUUAAACAUCGCAAUUCGGAAUAGCCCACAUACUCAUCAUUUUGCUUGCGGCCAGUCCGAAAGGUUCAAAUAAAUUUGUUAAAUGAGCAUAAAUUGCGUUGGGCCAAGCACCAUUCACUUUGAGCCUGGCCCCAAACGUUCGUCGUUUUCGAACAGUUGGUACGCCUGUUCUCCUGUAAGUUGAAGUAAACGGCGCUCGGUGUUGGCUGCUCAGCGGGAAAAGCGAAUUCACCUGUCGGGGGAUCAGGGGGAGAGCAUCCUUUCUCUGAUAGUUGCCACAAAUCAGCUAUUCUGGGAAAAAUGCGUGAUCCCGCUAGCACUACUAGGAAGCAAGAGGCAUGGGAGAAAGUCACCGGGAGCUUCAACGCGCUGUAUCCUCAUCUCCCGCCCAGUUGAAGCCGCCAUUUGAGUACAUCCGCACCAAGUAAGUUUACUACUGUUAAUCACUUUGCAUUAUAUUUACGUCUGUUAUGCUCAACCAGGGUUACAUGGCUCGUGGGAGGAUCUGUGAGUCCAAGGCGAGAACGUUUGCAAAGGAGAAUUUGCCUGUCAUUUUCAGAUUCCUCUACUGUUUCCAGUGUUUUUUUCGCAUUUUACAUUUAAUUAGUUUCUGAAAAUAUGCAGUUCAGAUUAAACAAGUAUAUUUUCAUGAAAAUAAUUAUUCAAUAAUGGAGGAUUAGAUCAAGCUAAGGCCAUAACGGAAGGAAUGUGACCUUGAUAUUUAAAACCACUGAAAUAUUUUUUCACAUUUUUUCAUGUGCUGAUUAUUUUUAAAUAUAAUUUUCCACAAAUGUAUAAUUAAUAGAUGGAGCGUUAGGUAACUAAUUGUGUGUAUACCAGUUGCAGAUCUUAAUUUUGUUAUAGUAGUUACCAGUGAGUGCAACAUCCAUACCUAUAAAUAUGAAUUACUCCUGAAGCUGAAUUACAUCAUCAUAAAGUCCCUCCCUCCUUGCAACACUUUUCUUCCUAUUUUCAUUAUACUUUCUUGUGGUUAUCUGAACGAUUUAUGUAAGCAUAUAUUUAUUUGUGGGUCUUUUCAAAUACUUUGUCUCACUUUGUCUCAGCAUUUAUAUCCGCAAACGGUCUGCUACGGGAGGUGGUCCUCCACCAAAACCUCCCAGAUACAGUCCACUCGCUGUGCUUCUUCUCUUUGAAUGGAGAAUGAACUUGUGUACGCUAAGCAGUAUGACUGCUGUCAACCAGCCAGAUAUUCUGAUUUUGCAAGAGAAGGAUACAGAAUGGAUUGAUGAAGAAAAUGUUGAUGACCCUCCAGCACUAACAGACAACUUCAAAGCAUCUCCUUCACCAUCUCCAUCUCCAGGUCCUUCUAACCCUUCAUCUGGUGUACCUUCUCGCAUGCCUACACCAGAUCCAAGACCACUGCCUCCUGUAGUUUCUCCUUUCACUUCGCAGCAGAGAGAGGGCAGAAAAAGAAAACUUAGCACAGAGAGGAAAAAGUGCUAUGCUAACAUCAACAGCCGUCAGGAGGAACUCCAUUAAGCACAGCUGAGCCUCACAGAAGAAACUCAGCACCAACUUAGAGAAACAUGUAGUUCUGUUAGAGCUGCUGCCCAAGAAGCACAACAUGCCUUUGCCUCUAUUGCAAAUGACUCCAAGCGUGUGGCCGAUGGAGAUGUGUCAUUUCUGAAGGAAGCAAGAACCUGAUGAACUCCAAUUUUGAAGAAAAGGAGUAUAUUGUAAUGAUAACGAAGAGUCACUUUUGACUUAUACCCUUCCAGGAAUAUAAUCUUCAUUUUCUUCUGGUAUAUACCAAUAAAUAAUGUAAUAAUCAAGUGUUAUUUUUAUGAUAAACCAUUUUCAUUUAGAGCAUAUUUAUAACCUUUAUAAAAAUGUAUAUCCUUCUUUAACUAGUAUGUAGUGAAAUAAACCUGCAGUCAAGGUAAAACGACAUAUGUGCUUUGAUUAUUAUUUUUUUUAUUUUAUUAAACCAUUUAAAAAUAGCAUGAUGCUAGUAAAUAUAAAGGUAAAGUAUCAAUAAGCAAUAGUGGACUAAGUUAUUUUAUGACAAU